CGAGAGUAUCGAGGUGGGUUGUCCGAGCGCGAAAAUGCAUAAGAUGAGUAGUUUCGCCAGUACCGAUGAUGCUGAAAUCACGAAGGAUAUCGAGUUGGCAGCGACGAUACCUACAGCAAACAUGCGAUCCCUUCGCUUUCUCGCCGUCUUUUUAUUCGCCUUCCUUUUCCUCCUCGUAUCUGGCGCCUCCGUUCAUCAGAAUCAGAAGAGAGCUACGCAGGUCUCUCUGACCAGUGUCUCGUACUCCAACAACGUUCUUUCGGGACAGAUCAGUAUCCAGAACCUCGCGCCCACCAAGGUGGUCACCAUCAACUGGACGAGCAGCUCGUCGUGGUCCAGCACCCAAUCGUUCGCCGCCCAGUGGGUUUCCGGCCCCGAUAGCACCGGCUACGAAGUCUGGAGUUUCAGUGGCACCGCCGCCGGUGCGUUGCAGUACUACAUCCAGUACACCGUCAACGGCGUCAGUUACUAUGACCCGGGCAACAACGUCAACUACAACGUUCCCAGCUCCGGGUCCUCGUCCGCUAUGGGCUCGACUUCCGCCAGCUCGACUGCCGUGGGCUCCACUUCAAUUAGCACAACAUCGGUGAGCACGACCACCACCCCCGUGGCGAGUCCCACCGGUACCAGCAUCCCCGCUGUUAGCCUCCCUCCGAUUGUCCCCACCAGCAUCCCCUCCGAGGCUCCCGCGGCGGCACCCAGCGGCUGCGGCACCUUCAACGGCAAGGAAAGCUGCACCUCGGAUGCUGUCUUCGACAUGCCCGCCGCCGCCGAGAACAGGCGGUGGCAGACGCCCCCCGAGGGCAAUACCGCGUACUCCAGUUCCUUCCAGGACUACAGCGAUCUCGUCGGGUAUGCCGAUAUCCAGUACAACCCCGCACGCAACGCCGCCCUGGUCACCGUCAACGCGGCUUCCAAGACCGGGGAGCAGCUGAGCUACAGCUUUGGCGGGACCGCCCAGACGUCGAAUUCUUUCCGUGUCGAUUCUUCGCUUACCGGGAGUCUUGCCAUCACCGUUUCGAGCUCGAGCGGGAAGACCCUCGGCCUCGAGCCGCUGAACUUCAUCUGGCAGAAUGUUGCUCUCACUGCGGCUCAGAGCACCUUUUCGAACGGACAAAAGGGGGCGAUCGCCGAGUUGUUUGGGUGGCCGUACAACGAUAUCGCGAAGGAGUGCGUGUUUCUGGGAAAGGCUGGAUACAUGGGCAUCAAGAUCUGGUCGCCGAACGAGCACGUCUGGGGAUCCAACCUCUACGAGGCCGACAACCAGUUUCGCCCGUGGUACUUGGUCUACCAGCCCGUUAGCUACAGGCUCACCAGCCGUCACGGCACCCGCGCCGAACUCAGAGCCAUGAUCAAUGCCUGCCGUGCUGCUGGCGUCAGGGUGUAUGCGGAUGCGGUGAUCAACCACAUGUCCGGCAAUGGAAACGAUAUCCAAAACCAUCGUACCGACGCCUGCGUCUAUUACCCUGGACACAACGCUACCGACAACUCACCUUAUUUCACCACCGGCAACACCUUCCUGAUCAACCCCUUCACUAAUAAUCGCCCCGCGCUCGAGUUCCCGGCGGUUCCAUACGGCCCCACGGACUUCCACUGCGAGCGCAGCAUUGGUGACUGGAACAGCGGGCAGAUCGUGACCAAGGGCUGGUUAGUGGGGCUGACCGAUCUCAACACUGAAAAAGCGUACGUGCAGGAUCGCAUUGCCACGUACCUGGCCGACCUGCUUUCGAUCGGCUUCUCCGGCUUCCGCGUCGAUGCCGCGAAACACAUCGGCCCCACGUCGCAGGCGCAGAUCUUCGGGAGACUGGCGGCGAAGAUGGGAGGAAGCCUGCCCGCAGACUUCGUCUCCUGGCUCGAGGUGCUGAUCGGCGGAGAGAAGGAUCUGCUCGCGUGCAGCGGAGGAGAGUGGAGUUGGUACACCAACUUCAAUACCCGCCUCUCCGCCGCGGGUCUGAGCGCCACGGAUAUUGAGAAGAUCAAGAUCUGGAGUGCGGACUACCCGAAAGAAUUCCCCAUCUGCGGCAGCUGGAUCAUCCCCGCCUCUCGCUUCGCGAUCCAAAACGACGACCACGACCAACAAGGCGAGGGCUCCAGCUCGCGGGACAUGGGGGACCAAGGGUCGGUUCUCGUUAAAGACAAGGACAUCGCGAAGCACCGCAGCUUCGAGACGCUGCUGUUCUCGCGCACCGACGCCGACUGGCGCAUCAAGCUCGUCCUGUCGUCGUGGGUCUUUGCCGAUAACGGUGCGAACGGCUUUCCUGACGGCUUGAGUGACUGCGCUACCCAGUACACCGGGACUCAGUCGCUCACUACUUGUAAGGGAGUCGUGAAGGAUCCCGCGUAUGUAGCGGCAGCGUGUGGGUAUACUAGUCUGGCUGGUGGGAAGUAUACCCGUGUCCAUAGGGACAUCAGCAUUGUCAAUGCAAUGAGAGCUUGGGUCGGGCUGGGGUCGACGACCGCGGCGGCGCUGGGGAUUUCGGGGUGUUCGUGAGGAACAGGGAAUACAGAUGGUAGAUGGAAGGUGCAGAACGGUGGAGAACGGUACACGUGUGUUAUUUUAUCUAAGCUUGCGUAAAUCGGGCGGAUUUCAAUAGAAGUGAAUUGUUGGUG